AUGGUUACCUCGACACCCUAUUAUGCUCAAGGGAAUGGCCAAGCAGAAGCGUCAAAUAAAGUUGUGAUUGAAAUUAUUGAAAAGAUGAUAAAAGACAAGCCGAGGCGGUGGCAUGAGGCCCUUUCAGAAGUCUUAUGGGCCUAUAGAAACUCAAAAAGGACAACUAUAGGGACAACUCCAUAUCGGCUAACGUUUGGUCAUGAUACAGUGUUGCCGAUGGAGUUAAAUGUAAAAUCGACAAAGGUUGCCUUGCAACAUAAUCUCAUUCUUGCCGAUUAUAACGAAGCUAUGCUUGCCGAGUUGGAAGACUUAGAUAAAGUCCAGAAACUUGCUUUGGAUCACCUUAUGGUGCAUAAAGCAAAAGUCAUGAGGGCUUACAAUAAAAUGGUGAAGUUCAAGUCAUUUGCAGAGGACGAUAUGGUUUGGCAAACAGUUCUUCCACCUGGAAAGGUAGAUAAGGUCUAUGGCAAGUGGUCACCUACUUGGAAGGGUCCAUACUUAAUUCACCAAGUAUUGCAUGGAGGAGCUUAUAAGUUAAAAAAUCUAGAUGUUGAAGUGCAUGAAAGGCCAAUAAAUGGAAGGUACCUUAAAAAAUAUAAGCCAACUAUUUUUGAGCUUAUGGAAGAAAAGAAGUUUCCAGUUAAGUCAAAAUAG